CCCCCAGGGGUCGCUGGUGUGGAAAUAAAGAGAAGUCAUAAGGAGGAGAAGAAGAAGAAGAGGGAGGGGGAGGGGAGAGGAGAGACUGAGGGGAAAGCGACAAAUGAAAACAACUUUCUUCUACUUACACACAUUGGAAGAAGAAAAAAAAAGAAAAACUUGCCCGGUGAUAUGAAGAGAGUGGUAAUCUGAUGCCGCACUUCACCCUGAGGAGACAGAGCGGGGCGCACCGGACACGGCGGAGCUCCUGGGUGCCCUGCGGCUGUGAGGAGGAGGAGGAGGGGCGGAGAGCACCCAGGACCGGAGCACAGGCGGAGGAAAGCGGAUAGAAGGCAUUCAGUGUCCGGGGACCACCCCAUACAGUCCGGGGACUCCCCCGUACAGUCCAGGGACUCCCCUCAUACAGCCCGGGGACCCCCUCACUUCACACACGGUGUCCAUGUGGCACAUGGAGGAGACACUGUGCUGACUUCAGGGGGGCUCCCGCCAACUCUGCUCCAACUUGUCCAAUGACACAGAGAGCGGCUCUGGUGAUGGCUGAGCUCUUCCUGCCCUAUGAUGAUGAAGAAGACCAAUAACCACAAAGCCAGCAAUCAUGUUCCCAGGGAAGGCUGCCUGUCUGCACUGUCCCCUCGCUUCUCCCUCAGAGACUAUGGUUUCUGCAUGGCCACCCUUCUGCUCUUCUGCCUGGGCUCCCUCUUCUACCAGCUCAACGGGGGACCUCCUCAGAUCCUGCUGGACCUGCGCCUCUACCUGGGUAAUUCAACAUUUUUGGAUGAUCAUGGCCCUCCCACCCCUAAGGUACUCCCAUUUCCCAGUCAAGUAGUGUAUAACAGAGUCGGAAAAUGUGGUAGUAGAACCGUCGUCUUAUUGCUGCGCAUCCUGUCUGAGAGACACGGAUUUAAUUUGGUUACAUCUGACAUUCACAAUAAAACCAGACUGACAAAAAGUGAACAGAUGGAGUUGAUAAAGAACAUUAGUACUGCUGAGCAACCUUAUUUAUUUACUCGACAUGUUCACUUUCUUAACUUUUCAAGGUUUGGUGCAGAACAACCAGUGUACAUUAACAUAAUUCGAGACCCUGUAAACCGAUUUCUCUCCAACUAUUUUUUUCGACGAUUUGGAGACUGGAGAGGAGAACAGAAUCACAUGGUCCGUACACCAGGCAUGAAAGAAGAGGAGAGGUACUUGGACAUUAAUGAAUGCAUUUUAGGAAACUAUGCAGAGUGUUCCAAUCCCAGACUAUUUUAUAUUAUUCCAUAUUUUUGUGGACAGCAUCCAAAAUGCAGGGAUCCUGGUGAGUGGGCCUUGGAACGUGCAAAACAAAACGUAAAUGAAAACUUUUUACUUGUUGGAAUUCUAGAAGAGCUUGAAGAUGUUCUGCUUUUGUUGGAAAGAUUUUUACCACACUACUUUAAGGAUGUCAUGAAUAUUUAUAAAAAUCCAGAACACAGAAAACUUGGAAAUCUGACAGUCACAGUAAAAAAAACGUUCCCUUCUCCCAACGCCCUACAAGUUCUCUACCAGCGGAUGAAAUAUGAAUAUGAAUUUUACUACUAUGUCAAAGAACAAUUCCAUUUGCUCAAACGCAAGUUUGGACUGAAAUCUCAAGUGAAGAAACUGCCUAGUCAAGAAAUGUUAGUCCCAUUUCCUGUCCCUAUGGAAACAAUGGAGUCAAUAAUAGACGAGGAGGAUAAUCAAGAUGAUGAGAAGUGGUUGGAGGACAUUUAUAAGAGGUGAUGCCCUGGCAUCACGAGUCAUGACUAGAAGUCCAGAUCCAUUUCUUAAGCUUUUUUAUUGUUAAAAAAUCCUUAAGGAACAUGGUUAAUGUUAAACUGCAUUAACACUUUCCCACAUGUUGGGUAUUAGGGAAAUACAUGUACCCGAUUCUGCGGGUCGUGUUUACUUUUAUUUUUUUAUGUUCAGUGGGAUUGAUGGAAGAGUAAUAAAAUAAGACAUUUGGGUUUUA